CAAUAAUAAUGAUAAUUCUAAUAACGGAGGUUUUGGAAAAACAAUUGAGAAUAAAAAUUAGUGAUAGCAAUGAAUGAUGUUUCGAUGACUCCAUGUCAUCAUUUUCAAAUUCAGGCAGUUCUUAAUCCCGUCAGUUACACUGACGACAUGGAGUCAUCGAAACAUCAUUCAUUGCUAUUGCUAAUUUUUAUCCUCAAUUAAUAAUGAUAAUUAAAAUUAUAUGCAUAAAUAGCAAUUUGCUCAGGCUUCAAGGAAAUGCAAUGGCAUACGCAUAUGCAUUCUACAAUACAUUCCAUUAACAAGGCUGAAGAAACCAGCCAGAUUUAUGGACGUAUAGGAAACGUAGACCCCAGUCCUUGGACUUCCCCUUUGACCUACACUAUGGACUUCUUCAUGGACCCAGUCCACGGGCUACCCCUGUGGACCUCCCCUAAUUUUCAAAGAUAAAUUUUACCAGAGGUCUAAAUGAAUAUUUAAGCACCUUAAAUGGCUUUUAAGUUAUGAGCUCCUUUUAUUAUACCACUGUUCAAAUUUUCUUAAAUUCCAUACGUGGGUUCGGUUUGGUUUGGUGAAAGAGUAAUAAUAUUGUAGUAGGGAGGAAGUAGUGUCCUAGACCUGUACACAGAUGAUUUUUUUUGUGUGUCCUCGCAUUGUAUACCCCUGCCAGACUUUAUGCUGCUUAUACUGCUUAUGGAUCAAGCUGAAAAUGACCUGCAUAUAACUGUUACGUCCAUAGAGCUUGUCAGACGUCUAACCAAUAAAUUGUUUGAAAAUAAUUAUGCAGGUAAUUUUGUAAAUAAACAUACAUGUAUCCAAGGGUUAUCAAGGGAAGGGAAGUCUGAGGAGGGUAUUCAAACAUCAUGCGUUACCUCUUCCUCCCUAGUCCCCAUGUAGGUGUUUUUGUGUUGUCACACAAUGCGUAUAAAGUUGCUAGGAGACCACUUCCUUUUUACUCUCCUGCCAUUCCCUUCAAAUAUUGUUACUUUUUUUGCAGACUAAACUAAACCCAUUUUAUUAGAUGGAAUUCAGGAAAAAUUUGAACAAGUGCCCAAUACAAGGAGCCCAUAAUCCUGAUAAUGUAUAUAAUUUGACACACUUUCGUUCAUUUAUUUUAAGGUUCUUAAAUGAGACCUCUAGCCAGUAAAAUUCAUCUUCAAAUAUUGGGAGUGGUCCACAGAGGUAGUCCAUGGACUGGGUACAUGAAGGGGUCCAUGGACUAGGUCCACAGGGGUAGUCCAUGGACCAGGGGCACAUGUUUUGUAUCUGUCCCAGAUUUAUAUCUUUUCAGUUUGCAAAUCCAGUUUUCAUGCAUUUUUACUUUUUAUUGGCAGAUUUAUGAUGCAGACAUUUAAUGUCACUCAGCAGCCUGCUGUUAUAGUUUUUAAUUCUCAAGGUGAGUGUGAAGCAAGUGCUUAUUUUUAGGGUGUGGUGGGGUGCUUCCUUAAUUUAUUCCUCUAUUUUCAGGUUAGCCUUAAUAACUUUGUAAAUGGUAUUUAUAAUAGGUUAUAUAAAAUAUAUGUGCAGACAUUGAGAGGAAUUUAUUGCAUUUUUGUCAGUCCUAUGAAAGCUUGAUUCGCAAUUAUACUUGUACAUCUGAUUGCCUGAUAAUGUUUCAACUUCUUCAUUUUAGGUGAAGUUCUCUUUAAGCUUCUUUUUAAAAUCAAAUUUUGUUAUUGCGUAGGGAAAUUGUUCUGAGAUUUUGCUAAUUUACAGUUUUUCAAAAAAUCAGCAAAAUGGUUGAAUGUUAAUUAUAUAACUACUUGUUUUCCUUAGAAUGGAAAGAAACAAAGAGACCAUUAAAAGUACUCCAUGGUAUCCAUGAAGUGGAAGAAAUGAGAGUUCAGAUUCUCUUGGUCACACUACACAGCCAAACUAACCACUUAAACCUGGUCAGUAUACAUUUAGUUAAAGGGCUAGGUGUAAGUCUAAUAAUACACAGUGACUUGCCAAAACAUUGCAGAUGUUUCGGAUGGAGUUAUUUUGCAAUGGCAGACCUUAAAAUAAGAGUAUUUUAAUACUCUUAUUUUAAAAGGACAAGAAAACUUUUUUGGGGCCCACAUGUGUACUACAUUAGGUCUGCAUUGAAUACAGAAUUGUGCCCUUUUGUGUUAAAUAACAAAAAGAAGAGCAAAUUAAUGUGGCCUAGAAAUACAAAACAGACAAAGAAAAGCCAAAUAUAAAAUUUUACGGUGUGUCCAAGAGCCAAGCUCGUCCUAACAGCAAAUAAGGUCUCCCUGGACAGCUCAUUCAUUUCACUUAUUCUAAAGUACAACAAUUACAAUAAUUAUCACAUAGCAUACAUACACACACGGACACACACCUAUACAUACAUGCAAUUGUACAAUCGUUACAUCAGCUUAUUCAGCUUAUUGUGACGCUAUGCUUCCUGGACCAUAAGCAUAAGACCUUAGACAAUAAGCAGAUUGACCGUCCUUCCAGGACAGUGAAUCUGCUUAUGGUCUAAUAUAUCGACAUAUCUAUGCAAUUCUACCGUUUAUUAUAAGUAUGUACACCACGUUUACUUCUGCUCGUUUCAUUGUCACAAAUACAAUCAAAAAGCUAACAUUUUCUAAAUUUUGGAGACCUUACAGUUUACAAAACUGUUCUGAGAAGUUUGUCAAAAACCACCAUUGCUGUUUUUUUCAGUUGAGCAGGGAUUAAAUGUUUCCUGGUCUUAACGAUGUCCAAGGCACUUUGCCAAUACUAAAAAGAAAUUUUUCCUGUGUGAAAUAUUAAUGCAACUUCAGAUUCUAGUGCUGUUUUGACGGAGCUCUUUAUGAACCUUUCCUAUGCUGAAUGUAACUGCAGGUUCAUAUCCUUGGAAUCCAGUUCUGCGAGAUUAUAAAACGGAAGCCAAAGCAACAUUUUGAGUGCAGAUUUCUGAGAAAUUGAAACUACCCACUAAAAUCAAUUAGAUAUUUCUUUGGAGUCUGGCAUCCACUCCAUGGCCAUCAUAAUGUGAUGAAGCCCCCUGCAAACAGACAGAAUGAAACAAAAAUACAGGAUGCUGUUUUUAAUCAAAACUUAAGUUAAGAAAAUGUCAAGAUACCUCGGAGUGGAUUUGUUUUGUUUUGCAGAGAAUUACCCACUAGUUUCCCCUUGUUAAACUGGUUUAUUGGCACAAUAAGAUAAUUUUUCGUUUUAUUAGAAAUUCUGGAAUUAUUUGAUCAGGGUUUCAUACAAAACCGUCAUAUCAGACUAGUCGUCUCUCCUAAUUAAAGCUUCAGUUGCAAUCAAAUGUGUUUUAGCUUAGUCUACACAUCAAAUUUGUCAAUUUAACUUCAUAUUUUUCCCAGAUUUUUUCAAAUUUAAGAGAUUAAGAUUGAGGACUUUUCCUUAAUUCUUAAGUAUAGUCACAAAUCCAACAUUUUCCAAACAAUGUCACAGUUUACAAAUUGCAAAACAGGGCUGAAAAGUUUGCCAAAACCUCCAAGGUGGUCUGUCAGUGAAGUGCUGAUUUAUUUUUUAGGUGCUGCAAGCUAGCUGGGGUAUUAGAUAAGCCAAAGGGUAAUUUUUUUGUAAGGACAAUUCAGUCCCUUUCUUGGCCUUGACAUGCACCACCUGCGAUUGAAAUGGACAGCAAAUUGGUUGCAGGACACCACUAAAUUGUUAGCUGUUCGUGUUAUUUUAUGUGCUGCAGGUUAGCUGGGGUAUUGCGUUGAAAUGCUAUUUAUUUUAGGGACAGUACAGUCUCUUCCAUAGUCUUUAUCUCCAGUUGCACAUUUAAGUAAUCAUUCUUGAUAUGUCAGGUUGAGAAGAUACAGUUGAACUUGUCAGUGGAGCAUUGUGCCCAGUAUGAGUUUUUAAUGAUUGUCCUUCUGAAAUGCCAUUAUUAUUCAACAGGACAAUUUCAUGAGUGAAGUCUUGGAAACAAAACAUCCACAGCCACCAAUAGUUGUGUGUUUCUUCUCUCCAAGAAGUUCCCGCACUCUCAACUACCUAAAUGGCUUCCAUCGCUCCUAUGACACUUUUACAAGGAUGAGACUAUCGUUACGCUUUGGAAUACUCAAUAUUGUUGAUUAUCCACAAGGUAAGGAAUGUUUUUCAUUUAAGCUGCCUAUUAUGAAGCAAUCAUUAAAAUGGAUGUAAGAUUUCAAUCAUUAGUUAAGAAAGAUUUGUUAGGAAACAGGAACACCACCAUUAGAAACUUACCUGGAUGGCCACCCAAAAAUGCCAGUAUUUGAUGCUUGCUUACGGUUGAUGGUUGUUACAAAGGAUUCCAACUAUAGUGUUUUGACUAGACGAUUGCGACACUUUGAAUAAGUAGUCAUUUAUGAGCAAUUAAAGUAGCAGAACGAGUGUGGCUCUCUCCUUAAGUGACAAUAGGUAUAAUCUGUAUUUUUAUGGAUUUAUACUUAAAAAGCUUCUUGUAUAGAAAGAUGCCAUCUCCUUUGUCAGAGAAAUCCAAUAGCCAGCUCCAGCUGUUCCUCAGUAUAACAUGUUUGUUGUAUAUAUUUUCUGCAGUAAUCUCAAGGUAUGUCAAUGCAUCAAAUGUGUAUGCAGUACCAUUUACUGUUGUUUUUUGGCAAGAGAGAGGGUCAACUACACAAAGUGAGUACAAAAUUUUUAAGCAAGCCUUUCUUUCUAAAAACGGUUGAGAUUCAUGAUUAAUUUUUUGCCUACGAAACUGUUUGUACAACCUAAAUCAAACAUUUCAAGUACUCCAUAGCAGCAGCAUGAUUAACAAAAGGCAAUUAAGACCUUUUACAACUUUAAAAAGCCUACAAUGAGUGGUUGAAAAUCUUGAACGUUUUAUUUCAACAAACAGAGUUUGUAAUGAAACAGCAAGUGUUCGAUAAAGAUGUCCCUACUCCUCUACUGCUGUACGACUUUCUACAGAAGUUAUUUGUUAGCCUGAUUCCAUCCACACGUUCAGAUGAUGAUGAGAAUGAAGACUACAACCCAUGGAGAGAAAGCAAAGACUCGAGGGUACCUGUCAGAGAAAAUAGUAUUCAUUUUGCUCAUAAUUGUCCAAAGUAUUAGCUUCAGAACUAAAUAUUUUACCAGACUCUCAACUUUUGCCUGUUGACAGUCUGGCAUAUGAAGAAAUACAUUGUUUCAAUCAUGUUGGGACAUUUCUUUUGAACUCUAUUUUUCUUGCAGUGUAUGUCCAGCGUGAUACAUAUCAUGGUAUUUUAAUAGGGUAUUCACGACGAAACAGUGACAUUAUGUUUUCUUGAUACUAGAAUGUGUGCUAUUUUGAAGUAGCCAGAGAUGUCUGUGUUAUGGAGGAUAACAGCACUCUUGCAGGCUUGACAGGGUUUGAGCAGAAUAGUCUGGUGUAUGGACCAGCAUUACCACCUCCUUCAUGGCAUACUAAGGUGGGUCUGGGUCUGAAUUAGUAGUAAAAGCAGCAACUUGUUUCCUGGUGCAGGAACUGGACUAGACAUUGUUGGGACCUUUGGCUAAACUGGGUGAGUCUCUAUGGGUUACCUGUGGCUAAACUGGGUGAUCCUUUUUCGGCUUGCUGGGGCUUAACUGGGUAAGUCUCUUUCGUCCGCCUGCGACUCAACCAGAUUAGUCUUUUUGGGCUGCCCGGGGCUAAACUGGGUUAGAUACUUUUUAGCUGUCUUUGGCUAAACUGGUAUGCUCUUUGAGAUGCCUUUGGCUUUAUUCGUGAGGCACCUUGAAAUGUUUAUCAAUAUUAACGACCACAUUCAAAUCCUGCAGCUUAUCAACCACAAUAGAAAAAUAGCAAAGUUAUUUAAGACAGUUAAGUCAAGGUUGGGGAAGAACUAAGAGUCAUUACAAUACAUAGUAUUAAGGUGGUUACAGUUAGAAAUUCGAUCAAGUGUUUUGAUAGAUUAGAGAUUAGAGAUUAAGCUAAGAAAAGAUGAACCGGUGAAGCAAUAUCAAAUGACAAUAAGUAAAUAUUAGUAUUUCAGGCAACGACAAUUUAAAUCAGAGAUUACUGAGAUAAAGGUAAUAUACUGAGUAAGAGAAAUGUUCAGGGAGCCCCGUGUAGAAACUCAGCUGGGGAGAGAGUAUAACAGUAAAAUACAAUAGGCUUCGCUUGACAAGAUUUUCAGUCUCAGCGUCUUCAGAGUGAAUACAUACUAAAUACUUUAUAUGGGAUUCCUACAGUAGUCUCUGUUAUACAUGUCAUACUUGCAGUUAAUUUUGAUGUUUAAAUGCAUUUAAUAGGUGAGGGCUCGUGGAAAUGUAAAUUCAAAGCCUUUCAAAUUCAAUUAUGUGAAUGACAAGACGUGGGCCUCCUUAAUUGAACAGUCGGUUGGUCCAGUGAAGUCAUAUACUGCACUUCCAAAGAAACAGUCUCGUGAGUUGUUUUCGGUAGCGUUGGUAAGUGUAAGGUUCAUCAUUAGUUUUUAAAGAGGAACGAUAAAAUGCGGGCCUGUUGGUCCAUCUUAAAUCGUAAGUCUAUUGAAUGGCAAUUUCAGCUAAAGUUGCAAAUGGUCUUAAAACUCUCACAAUCAUGGUCGUUUAAGAAGCAUGUGCAUAAGUUCUCUGUGGCGCUCAAGUGCGACCCAGUGCUGUCUCUGAUAUAUGUGCAUUUCCGUUAGUGAUAAUAACCGGCAUCACAAGUUUCGAUGAGCACUUAUCCGUGAUAGACUAGCAUUUAACGAGGUAAGAGAAGGUGACUUAUUGUUCUUAACGUUCUUGUUGCUUGGUAAUACUGCAGACAGCUCCUUACGAAAGACACGCAUUGGGGCCAGCACGGAAUAUCCCUCUUAGACAAUUCUCCGCCCAAAGGAGUCAGAUAAUAGGGACUAACUCUCUGUGACUGAAAAGACAGAGUUAAAACAAGUACUUGGUCCGCCCGUGGACUACAGCCAUCAUGCUUUAACUAAAGGGUUGCUAGUUUUGUGUACAAUAUUUUGUUGUCCUCUACAGGUUGUAUUUCUUAUACAUGGAUGCAGUUAUUGUGUGCAGGUUCUGCCAACAAUCGAAAAGAUAUCAGUAGAUGCCAAGUAUUUAGGUAUGUGUUGUCCGACCUUUUGCUUUUUCUUGUCGGUCUGCUGUAACUACAUCUCACUGCUGAGAUAUUCACUUGGCCCCAAUUGUUCAAAAAGUGAAUAAUGCUAUCCACUGGGUAAAUCUCCAUCCAAUGCAUGGCGCAACUAGUUUCCCUAAUACUCAUCCACUGGAUAGUCAUUUAUCCAGUGGAAAGCGCUAUCCAGCUUAUGAACAACUACCUGGGGCCAGGUCCUCUGAAAGUGAGGCAUACUGACUGUUGGCCCAAGAUAAAACAUGUUUGGUACCAGUUCGGAAUCGUAUGACAAUUAGGUUCCUGAAGAACGCAAAAACAUACUUCCGGACAUUUUUUUUUUUUCAUAACUUGACCCGGGAUGCUCCUAUCUGGCUUUUAAAAACGCGCGAAUGCAAUUUGUCCAUUGAUCACAUUUAUUAUGUUUCGUGGCAAACAAUUACGACACCGCAGUUCACCAUUACAAUAGUACAGUCGCAAUACAGCUGUGAUUUCGUGUUAACUGCCGUAAUAAUGUUGCCAUAGCUAAGAUGACUUUAAUUCCUACGCCAGUUUAAAAGGAUGAUCACAGUAAGAACAUCCUUUGUCUUUGUAAAAAGUUGCCCCUAUAAUGUAGUUGCAGGAUUGCUUUGGACACUGAUAUGCAAAUGUUUUGGUUCUCUGUAGGUGCUUCCUUGUUUAUACACAAUUGUUCAUCUGAUCCUAAAACAUGUCAGCGGUAUGGCAUCACAGGGUACCCAACCCUUACUGCAUUCCGCAGUCUCAGCUGGUCAGCAGUCGGGAGCUGUUCUACUUCCCAGUCCACUAACCUCCGACUCGACUAUCAUGGGCCAGUGGUGGUAAGAUUCUACUUUCAUCACCUAAAAGUAAACUAAACCCUUCAUUGAGGUAAACGUAUUGUUGUAGGCCGAGGAAAUUUUGACUGAGUGGUUAUGUAUCCGCGAAAAAAUUGGAGAAAAAUCUGAACAAUGUUACAACAGCAAACCAUUAAUGGCUAGCUUAUUCACUCAGGAACAACGAUCGCCAGUGUAACUUACAAUAUGCUUGUUUCUAUACUUGUCCCUCAGAGCUACAUGUAGGAGCCAUGUCAAAGAUAUUGUCAUUUAGAAAAAGUAGAGAGAAGAGCUUCACUGUUGGCCUUAGGUCAGCGAAGGGGCGAGAUGCCUUACGAAGACCGUUGUGAAGCCCUGCAUUGGUCGUCGCUGAGUGAUAGGAUCGGGAUUUUUUUCUUUUCCUUGAUCGAAUGUUAUAAAAUUGUAUUUGAGUUAAACAAUCUCCGUUUUUGUGAUGACUUCGAGCUUCAAAGAUUACCAGAUCCAAACAACGGUCCACCCUUCCUCUUACGUAACCGUUCUUUGACAUAGACCCAGGCCUCAGCGAUGUGUUAGAAAAACAUUUUCCACUCAGUUCAUUUCUCUCAGCCAAUAGGCUUUUUUUCUGUCGCUCGUGUUUUUUUUUUCACCAGGCUAAACUUGUGCUGGAGUGGUUGUCUGAUGUGAGUCAACCUGCUGUGGAUAGAUCUUUCAUGUUUACUUCUCUUCCUGACAUGGUAACUUAUUUUGUUACUACUGUGUGUUUGUAUUAAUCGUUGAACUCAUUCAGUACAGAAAACCUCUUUAAGCCUUUAAACCCUCUUUAAACCUCUUUUUUCGCUGAGUUGCCCUGUUAGUGGAGCUUUGACUGUAUUUCAUUUUAGUGCUGUCUAUUAACUUUGUUUGUUUUACGUCAUCUUUGCCAUCUUUUGCUUUGAAAGUAAAGGAAAGCACAAGAUAUCUGCAAACUAACCAAGUAUUUUAAAAACAUUUUUUUGUUAUUGAGUCAGAAAGCUCCACAACCAGAGAAACAUUAGAGUAAAUAUUGUUCAGUUCUUACUGUGCUAUUUCAGUUUUGGGUAUCAGUGCCAAUAUUUUAGCGUGAAUGAAAUUUGUCCCACUCUGCCGUGAUUGAACAGGUAGGUUUCCAUUAACUGACGGUCAUGUCUGUUAUAUCUUUUUCCAGGAUGUGGAUGUCAGGUUGGUUGGUACUGUGUACACGCGGACGCUAGCUCGUCGAUAUCUGUCGCCCAGUCUUGUUAACAAAUGGUAUCCAUUUCACUGUUUCCAACUUAUCUGUGAGCUUCUUUUUGGUCGAGUUCCAUGCUAUGCCACAUACACCAAAGAUGUUGUAGAUGAUGGAAGUAAAGUGAGAGCUAAGGACGAGGAUCUUAUUUUGUCAAAGGUCAGUUUCCUUCUGUUCUUGUGCGAACAAAACAGUCCUCACAUCAGCCAUAAUAACGCUUUUUUUCUGGCAUUCGAGGUUUAACGAUUCUUCAGUUUUCAAGAAAUAGUACGUUUUAGCGCAAGUUGCCGACCCAAACUCUUAAUUCAUUUCUGUCAUAUUAACGUGCAACAAAGGAGACUGGAAUGAUUGCGCCCCCCUGAGGCUAUACAGGUACGGUAUGGGCUUAUUUUGAAGUAUUUGAUUUUCAUUUUGUCCUAAGUAUUUUGUACAUUGUGCACGUUUGAGUGACGUUUGUCAUUGAGUUAAUGUAUCAGAUUUGACUGCCGUCUUAUAUCUAAGCCGUGUCCCUUUAUUAGAACUCUCCCAUUUUUCCCAUUUUUGGUUAGAGGCCUCCUUUCUUCCAACCCGUUGCCAGUUGGUUUCUGCGGCAAGAAACUUUUUUGCUUCCAGUUAUCUUAGUUGUUUAGUGCAGAUACGUUUUUAGUAACAAUGUAAUUAACUAUCAUCCCACCCAUGCAGGGCUGAGAAGAAAAAACCACUACUCCUAAUUGCUUCAUUCAACAGGGUUGACAACAACUAGAUUUAGAACCUGGUUUACGGCAGACAGCAAACGGCAGAUUUAAAUUUGACAAUUUCUCUGAUUAGGAAGUUUUACAGAUAUUUAUGAGGGUGACAUGAAACUACUUAUUUUUGCGUAGAUGUAAUAAAAAGUAUACGAACGGGAAAAGUUGAUCACGAGGUACAAAUUGACGUUUGUCGUUUGGGGUAAACUUGACUCUAAAUCUCUUAAAUAAGUACUGGCUGGUCUUGCUGGUUGGUUGGGUUUGUCUCUCGGGGUAAGCUUAAUUCUAAAUUUAUUUAAUAAGUACUGGCUGGGAUUGCUGUGGCUCUCGCGUGACCUUACUUCUGUCUUGCCUGUUACCUCAGCAGUAAGAAGGUGAAUGGGAAUGGAAUGAGAUCUUCAGUGUAAUUCCGCGGUAUCUAUCGCGUAUUUGAAAUUGAUGUAUAUUGAUUUAUUUAUAUUAAUUUGUCCCGCCUAUGUCUGUAGCUUGAACUUCAAAGAAGUGAUGGUGUCCGGGUCAAGGUAUUCCAAAUGGGCCGUAAUGUGGAAUACACUAUCAACAAUCAGAGGGACUCUAAACUACACAUGUUUCACGAUGUACACAAGUGAGUCUUCUCUAGUUUGUUAAACCGUGUGAAAAAAAUACCGGCAAUACAGCUCUGCCCCGUAGUUGGCGAAGUAACCAUUUGCGGCCGAAGAAAUUGGAGAUCCUUUCGCCCUCCAAUUUCCGAGGGUUCAUUCUUCAUUCGUGCUCAAUUGUGUUCUUUUGUGAAAUUGUUUAGCUGUGCGGAUCUUUUAAUUUGCUAUGACUUGACAUUUCAGGUAUGACUUGCCGAAGAAUUUCAAAUGUGAGCAAGAUCACAAGAAAUGCACUGAUAUAGCUGUGCGCUUUGUUCAUGAUCAUCGCCGACUGCCAGUCCUACACAUGACAUCAGCUGCUUUUCAUACCAAAUUAGGGUUAGUUCAUCAAAUAUUCCGUUGAUUAGCUCAUCUUUGAUACUAACUCCCUGUUUUCCAACAGUUCUCAUUUCAAAAUCGUACUAAUGAAUUGGACAGUUAAAGCCAAAAAAAGCAUUGACUAAAAGCGAUCAAUUUAUUGCAAUUAUGUUUUAUUAUUAUCUACGGACCCAACAGUGUGUGGAUAGUGCCAUGUUAUAUGCUAAAGGGUAAAGGAUUGUUAAUAGAAUUGAGGGUUAUUUUUUACACCCCAUGCGACUUUUCAGUCAUUAUGUUGAUAUCGUUGGCUUUUUCUAAAAGCCAAAAGAUUUCACGACACUGCUACCAACAAUUGUUUAUCCUUGAGUAUAUAACGUGGUUCUAUCUCUCUGACCACUUGUUCUCUGUCGUCUUGAGUUCAAAUCCUUGGCCACGCUUGUAAAUAGCAACCUAUUUGCCUCCUGUCAGUUGGCGUUUUUUAAUCCUGUUAUGUUCUGUUUGGAUUAUUUGUUUCUACCUAUUUGAGUGUAGUACCUGUAAACUAAACGCUUAGCGCAUUUCCACUAUUAACAAACCUUUAACCUUUUUUUGAAGAAUUGUUUUAAUUCAUUUUAGCUCUGAAGAGGAUGCCAGCUUUGAACCAUUUGCGCACAACUUACCCAUUUUGAUUGCCUUGACGCACAGGGAUAACGUCACCAAGGAUAGUUUCUUUUUAAAGGUACAAACGAGAGGAAAAUGACGACUGGUAAAUGUAAUCUCACUCUCAGAGGGCCCUCUCAGAACUGGCCAGCCAGACCAGUCAUUUUGGAAAUAAAAUGUUAGACUUUCAUUGGUAAUUUCUCUAAAUCCCAUCACUGCAGAACAUACCAUUUAAGAAUAGACUGGUCUGGCUGGAUAGUCGGGAUUAGAAGUGGAAUAAUGAGACCGGUCUGGCUGGCCGGUUCUUCAUUGGGGGCAAGAAUGGCGCAGAAGUGAACAGAAAGUUCUCGCCUCUCAGUAAAGUGGCCCGGCGUCAAGUCCCGCCGUCACGCUAUAUACGGGUGGAGUUUGUUAGUUUUCUCUUGCUCUAAGACGUUUUUUCUCUCGGUACUCCACCUUUUCCGUCUCCCAAAACCAUCACUUCACAAAUUCCAACUCGCUCUGGAACGCGCGAACACCUUCCGACGGGUCAACAGUUUACAUUUACAUUAUUCCUGUCCUCGAUCUCUCCCGGCUUGCUCCAGGGACGGGAAAAAGUGAGAUCCUGGGAACGAGAUUCAGGUGCUGUGUAAGUACUACGAGAAAAAAAGUCUGCUUGCGCAGAAUGUUACAGGUCUCAAUCACAGGACAAUAGUUUACUUACAAUGUUUUAUAAACAAAACUUGUUCCAAGCGGACACUCACUCGCGCCGCAUAAAAACAAAACAUUCUUUUUUAAGUGGACGAAUAUGUAGAAAGAAAUUUGAAGUCUUACUCUAUGAGAUGUGGAAGGAGGGUAGUGCAAUUCUGAUUCUGAUUGUAAGGGCGUUGGUGGUAGUUAAGAAUGUUUUGUUGUUGCUUAGGCAAGAAACUCAGUACCCUUAUAUCCUGCGAGCAAGCUCUCCAUUUGGGGGAUAAAGUGAAAACUGGACGAGCAAGAGGCACGCGAGAGGAGACGCGAAAGCGCGGGGUGGGGGUGGUGGGGGGUUGCCCUCGCGCGGCUCUCUUCGUUCGCCCAAAUAGGAGAGCUUGCUCGCAGGCUAGUACGCUUAGGACUCUACUCCCAUUGGCUUCGGGUUCAUCUCAUGACCCACCCCCUCCCCCCACCCCUUCCCCAGCAAUGUUGUGCGAAAAGACAACCUCCUAGCAUCCUUCUUGCUAGCCUGUUCCAGGCUCCGAGAUGGUGGUGAAAAGUCGUUCAGUAAUAAGAAAUGCGAAAAACGCCACCACCGCCCCCUUUCUCAAGUCGUGCGUCUUAUUUUCGCUUUGCUCGUUUUAAUACGUUCCCACUAUACUAUCUGAGAGCCUGGCACAGGCUACCUUCUUGCUCGAAAUUCAACAGGGAAAGGAUGUGAGAGUUGCUAGUUUUUCUUAUACCACUAUACCACGUUAAGUGUCCCAGCACUUGUGACAUCUAUUGUAGGGAGAGUAGCAACUCUCCGGAUUAAGUUGCGUUUUCAAGGUCGCCAUUGGUUUUCUCUGUACCUUUACUCAAACGACCACAUUUGAUUUCAUUAAAUCCUUAGCAAGGUAAUUACUUUAAUGGAACAGUCUUAUUUCCAAGGAGACAACUGACACGUGCUCAUAACUGUGUUAUACUGUGUUUUCUUUACAGGAGCUCACUGAGUCAGCUUACGCUCUUUACCGUGAAAUGGUUGUAGUUACUCUGGAUAUCGAUGAAUUUACGCACUGGGCCAGCAGAUUUGUACCCAAGGAUUACCACGCUAAACACGCAUACGGUAACUAUGCCUAAAAAACGGCGGACAAGAGUCUAGAUUUUUCCAACUUAGCCAAGGCACUUGAAUAUUAGGUAUCCGCCGAGUAAAUGUUCAAUUAUUUGUUCUUAAAUAAUUCCCCCUUUUUAAGAGACAUAUCGCCUGCGGUCUGCCAUUCUCUUCGUAGCUCAGUAGGAAUACUGGUUGUUGUGUGAUAUCUCAUUUACAUGGUUCCAAAUAAUUCGGUUUCUGAUUGUGGGAGAGGGAGGGGAGAGGGGGUGGGCUUUGUUCGGUAUAUCUUCUUUUUCCAUUUUACUUCAACUGUUUUACCUUUUCGUUUUUUCCCCUUUCCUUUUCAUCAACCUGGCCAUUGACAUUGCCAGUUGUUCAAUUUUUUUUUGCUAGCGAGAUAUACGUAUUGUUUUUAAAAAAAUACUCUUCAGCUCUCCACAAUACCCCUUAAAAACGUUUUGUUUUGUUGAAAGUCUUUCUUUAAGUAAUUUACGGUCGUUUGCUUGUCAUUUAGGGAGACAAGCCGAUCAAGUUCCCGUAUUAUAUCACUAUCCCCGCCUGUGUAUUAUCAGACCUGAUGAUCAUCAACAUGCCGCGUUUUACCCUCCUGUCGAGGAACUGCAGGCACUGGGGACUAGAGUCCAGACACGACUCGACCAGAUCAACUCCCAGCAGAUUAUUAAGUUUGCCAAGGAUUACAUGAAGGAUCCUGCGAUUGCUGUUGUAAAAACAGAGUAUUUCUAAACUUGGGAUAAGUACAGAUUAGUUAGACUAAUAUCAAAUAUGAUCCAAUAUGAAGUUAAAGGCAAAAUAAAAAGCUCUUUGUGUAUAGCUAGUAGGUAGCGCGGUAGUGUAAAUAUGCAGUAAUCAUUUUAACUGGACUUUAAAAUGAUCAGUUCGUAGAAACAUGGAAAAAGGAUUGUGAACAAAAGUACUCAUAUCCUGUAAAAAACGCAUUUUUUCAUUACCAUUACGUGGCUUUCGUUACGCACU